GUAUGGGACUUAUAGUAGACAUUAAUAGAGCUAACAGUUUGUGAUAUAUAUAUAUAAUAUAACUCACAAGAACGUAGCUCUUUUUUCUUGAAGAAACGUAUUAUGGAUUCCAAUGGCGAAAAGUGUGAUAUUCUACGUUUACCUUCUGAACUGUUGCUCCUUCUUAUGGAACUUCUGUCGGGAAAAGACGUUAUAAAUUUUUCAUUAACCUGUAGACGAAUCUUAUAUGUCUCACGCAAUUUUCUCAGAUUGCUUCAGUUUGAAAAUUGUUGGAGGACAGGAAUCUCAGUUGAAGAUUUCAAAGCAUAUCUGUCCCUUACUGUUGACCCUAUCCAGCUAACUGAAUGUAGCUUUAACAAUUGUUAUUGGAUUCCUGCAUUCUUUCUUCAAAACUUCAUUAAAAAAUGUGAAAAUAUAGAAGUGCUUAAAAUUUCAGAAACAAAACUUAACUGUGGACAUUUGGCACAUAUUUUUGGAAAGUGUAAAAGAAUUACUAAUCUUUCAAUGACACUAUCCGAUGAUGACCUCAAGUUAACUCAAAAGGAUAAAAGAAAUAGUUCACAACUAUCCACAGUUGAGGUUCUCCGGCAAACUUGUCUGAAGGACUGCUGUGACAGUAUGCGGAAACUCAUUAAAUUGGAGUUAGUUCUAUUUCAUUCAUCUCUCAGAGAGGCAACAAUAUUUUUAAGUUUCUGUGACAACUUAAAGGAGCUUACAUUGAUACCAGUAAAAGAACAAGAUCCAAGCACUCACAUGGACAACCCAUUCUGUAAUGUGAAAGGAAAAUUCACUUUGAAUUCUUUAGUGGUAGUUAAUAUGGAAGAAGACAGUGGAGGGUUGCGAAUACCCCAACAGUCGUCGAAGCGUAGAUACCAGGAGUAUCUCGUUUUCAAAACAGAUAUGACACAUCUGAAAAACCACUGGAAUGAUGCUUCUCCCUGUCCUGUUAUCAGCGACAGGUUCUGUACAUUAACGUUUAAACAUUUCAGAAUUCCAAGGGGAAUGUUUGAAGUUUGGUGGAUCGAAAAAAAUGUACCUAGUCGCGCAGCAAAUCUGACCGAUCAUGAAUUAAAGGCUGAUGGCUGGUACAUAAAUGACCCACUAGAAAGCAUAGAUUUAGAAAGCAUCAGGAGUAUACGGGAACCUUUCCCGGUGUUUAUAAAAAAAGGGUUGAAGGCCCCUAAUGCUAGGUUGAUUUCCUGCUUCUACUCUGACCAAGGAUUCUCAGACUUUUGUCUUAAUCAUCCUCAUCUCAAGGCACUGAAAUUGAAAGCGCCUCCAGCAUAUGAUGACUGGGGCAACGCCAUGUUACAAACGAAGAAUAAAGUUGUGGGAGAAGAAUGGUAUUCUAACUCUUGGGAGAACCUUACUCGGCUCCAAGCUUUCUCCGUUGAGCCUUCCUUAUUGGUAGUUGAUCAAAAACGAGAGAGACCAAUCCGAAAGCGUAAAUUUGGCGAACCAUUUCAUAAUGCUGCUGAAUCGAACCCAAUUAGACCUUUGUCUGUCCUCGGAGUAGUCUUUAAAAGUUGUUUGCAAAUAGAAGAACUAGAAAUUGGGGUCUUUACAGACUUAAAUGAAACGUUCCGCGUUGAUGGGGAAGAUUUGGCUCAGAUAACGCAAUGCAAACUGCUUAGGAAACUGACUCUUGUUAGCAUUAAUAUUGUUGAAGGGGUAUUUUUGGAAGAGGUAUUAAGAGAAUGUAUUCACCUUGAGAGCCUAAGGUUGAAGAAUCUCGGAUCGCCCCUUCUGUGUUGCUAUACGAAACACUUAUGCGUCGCGCUUCCCAAUGCUCGGAAACUAAAUACGUUAAGCAUCUUUCAGCGUAACAUGGUACCUCUGGCAAAGUUAUUGGAUUCUAUCGAGCAAUGCUCGGCACUUACCCGUUUGGGAUUGGUUGCCCCUUCGGAUGCGGCCCCUUUCAAAUGGCCUGCUGGUGUUCUUACUCAACGCGUCGUCAAAUUUUGCAUGAAACUACAAAAUCUGGUGGCCUUCUUUUGCGUUAUGAAUAUUCCGAAAUCUCACAAAGCUACGGUAACAAAACAGCUUCUGCACGUGAUGUCUCCAAUAAGGCCUAGUUUUUGUGUUGAUAUCCAGGCCACGAGUGAAAAUAGUCUUGAUCACGAGUCGUUUUCAUUACCUCUUGUACAUCGUGAAGUUCUAGUUCAUUGUAACAGCCGAAUUGGCGUUGUGCCUUCCGAUUUUAAGUCUUUCCUAUUGUAAUCAUUUUUGCAACAAUUGUUGAUGAUGUUACUCCUGAAAUCUUCUAAAAUCAAAUCCCGUAGACGAAUUCCAUUACUUCGUUUCAGUGGGUAUUCCUUAUGGCUGAAUAUCGGAUUACAAUGCAUUUGAACUGCUCAAA